AUGGUGUUUGAUAGUUCAGACAGUCACAUGUUCAUUGAAGGUGAUUUUGAGAAAUAUCUGGAGAAUUUACAGGACCCUAAGAGCUGGGUUGGGCAGGUGGAAAUCACUGCUUUGUCUAAACUCUAUAAGCGCGAUUUCAUUGUUUUCCAGCAGCCUGAUGAACCUCCGGUCAGCAUCACAGAGAACGGCUUCCCUGAUAAGGUGCGACUCUGCUUCCUCAAUGGAAACCAUUAUGACAGUGUUUACCCACAAUCCUUUGAGAAAAGUGCAGCCGUGUGUCAAUCGGUCCUGUAUGAGCUGCUGUACGAUGGAGUUUGUGGCGUGGACCGCAGUGUUUUAGGUCCGUGUGUGAAGGGAGGUCGGGGACAAGACCGGCUGGACUCGGAGGAAUGUAAGAGCAGUGAAGAGUCCGACCUGGAGGAAGACGAGUUCUGGUCCAGUGAAGUGAAAGAGAAACCCGCGAGUGAAGUGAAGACCAGACCGUCACACAGGGGUCGUGGACGGGGCCGCGCUCGAGAUGGGGGACGUGAGUCUCUGUCCACAAAGGUCCAGAAAUCCUUAAACCCCGGCGUCUACAGGAACGUGGAAUAUGACGUCUGGCUUCGUUCUAAACGUCUUCAGCAGCAGCGAGAUUUCCGCAUGGCUGCAGCGAUGCAGUACACCGUUGGAGACAAAUGCAAAGUGCAGUUGAGCGGGCGUUUCUACAGUGCUUAUGUUCGGGAGGUCAGUCCUGACAACGGACCCGUCACUGUGUUCAUAGAGGAACUCGGCAGACAACAAACUGUGCCGUUGUUGAACUUGCGUUUGCCGUCUGAAGAGCCUCAGUCUUGGCAGAAAGUGUCUGAGAAGAGUAAAAGACAUCCGGCACCAAACAACGGACACACAGCGUCUGAAUGGGAGAACAGAGGAGGCCGGAGAGCAGGUAAACCAGCACCUUAUUCUGCCACCGGUGGUCGUGUGAACAAACAGCACUCCUGGCCUCCUCAGAGCAGCGCAGACGAACAGACGGCUGGACGCGGCAAAUUCAGGAGAUCUGAUCAGCGCAGCAGUCCCGUGCGUGUACUUCAACAGGAGGAAGAAGAGAACGCUCUGCUGGUGCUCCUGCACAAAGACGAACGCAACUUCCCUUCACUUGGAACAAGCCCACAAACGGUCACUGCUGUUGAGGUCACAAAAAGGGGAGGGGACAAGAAAAGGUCCCGGAAGAAAGAUCACAGGGGGUCCAUCUCGGAGACAGAUUUGACGGAAGCUCCACAAAAGCCUGCUCAGAGACGAGAGAGUAACACUACAGAAGAACAAGAGAGAAAAGUUAUAGAGGAGCCAGUUCAAAGAUCAUCUCCCACGGUCUCUCUCUCUGUCCCGACUCCAUCUCACACCGAGACACCUGCUGCCCUUCCUGCUUCAGAGAAGACUCCGGUCCAAACUCCAAAUAUAUCUUCUUCGCCUUCUGUCUCAGUUACUACCACCCUCUCUAAACCUCCCGGACAACCUGCCCCGGUUCUGCCCCCAGCUGCUGAACCUAAUUCACAUUCUUCUCAAGCGCUCUCUCAAAACACCCCCGUGAGCUCUUCUGCACCCACUCAGGCUGCCCUGGUUGUACCCCCCACCACUGUCCAAGCACCUGCUUCUGUCUCAGCCCCAGAUGACCUUGUUAAAACCGCCCCGCCAGUCUCUAUAUCUGCCCCUCCCUUCAUACCUUCCCCUGCAGUACCUGUUUCUGCACCCCCUCCUGCCCCAGUUCAAACAACUGCUUCUGUAUCAGACACUCCUCACCAGUCUUCUACAGCCCCUCCCACUGAUGGGGGCAAUGCUCCGCCCACCGUCCAGCCGACAGCAGACAUUCGUACUGUCACAGCUACUGCUGAGCCCGCACAGGCUCCGCCUCCAGUCACACCUAACACAUCAGAGCCACGCCCCUGUGAAUCACUGGAAACACCUGCCUUAGAUGUAGCGUGUGCUCCUGAUCAUCUGUCUCAGCCUCAGCAGCUCCUCUACCCUCCACUUCAGUGGUCUCAUCUCCUUCGGGAUCCACUUUAUCCCGGAUUCCCUCUGAAUGAGAAGGGAGAGGUGGAGACGCUGCCCCCGUAUUCCCUCUCGCAGAAAGGAGAAGAUCUACCACAAAAUAUCAACGUCCUCAGGUUCUUCUUUAAUCUCGGCAUCAAGGCGUACUCUCAGUCCCUAUGGCCUCCCAUCUCAUAUCUGGGUCCUCUGACUCAAGCCUAUCAGAUGCACCGCAGAGCACCGCCGCCUUCCUCCAGCGCUCCCGCUAACCCCACCCCCAUGACCCCAUGGCAACUGGAAAACCCUCCUCCACAGAAUUUGAGUUCCACCCUUGACCUCUCAUUGGAAAGCCACAGUCACGCUCCUGCUGGAUCUGUAGACAUGGGAGGAUAUCGCGAUCACCCCCCACCCAUUCAAAUGCAGGUACCGGCGAGACCGCCAGUGCCCUGGUCUGCUUCCCCCGGUCCAGGUGCCUGUCCCGAGGCUUACCCGGUCCAGUUUUCAAGCCCACCUUGUGCACCCCCCGCGAAUCAGAUGUACCCGCCGUCAUCCGCCGGUUUCCACCUGCCACCUCAACCUUUUGAAGCCAUAAACCACGUUCCUCUGUCGUUGGUGAGAAGUCAAGACGGUUGCCAAAGAUCAAUGAACCCCCAGUUUGGAUCCUUUCAGACAGGUACGUGUUUUCACAGAGGUCAACCUCUUGAUUUCAAGCCGGUGAACAUUCCCAUUUCAGUGUCGACAAUGGAACCGCCCCCCUAUGGUUCUGUUGUGCAACCCUACGCGAUUGGUCCACUCCAAGGAGACAUAGCGGGUUUGAAUCCGUUAGCCAAUGGAAACUUCGGAAGACCAGAUGUAUUUCAAAAAAGCGCUCUCGUCGCAGAAGAGCCCACUCAACUGCUUCACGUGUACUGUCCCGAAGAUGGACAAGAGUUGGUCGGCGUUGACCUCCGAAUCGGCCAGAACUUCUACAGUCAGUCGUACAGGGGUGGAGGAAGGCGUGGCCAAGAUGACCGAGGAGGAUAUAGAGGGAGGAGCCACCGUGGACGGAAAGAGUAUUCGGGGUGGGGGAGACAAGACGAGCAGCCGUACGGUGGUAGAGGACAUUACGUCAGGUGAGGGGUGGGCUCACAGUAAACAUUUCGAUGGCGUACGCUGGAUACACACCAGUCAUUGGUUUACAAUGAAUUGUUAGAGGUGUUUGUCUGUGUGGUGUUUUAACUGUUUCUUCACAUUCUUAUUUAAAUUUAAAGCAACCUGUUCACAAAGUGUCGUGAAAAUAUAAAUGUUUUCGCAUACAUUUUCUAAUAAA